GCUCACGGGCCAUGCUUUUAAAGCUGAAAAUAAUCGUCGGUUCUAACGGUGUCGUUUAAAAGCAGUGCCAUUUUUCUGAUUAUUAGAGGAGGGUUAUGAUUUGAUCAUAAGUCAGGGAGUCAAAAAAAGCGUUGAGCUUGAAAUUUAAACAGACAAACAAAUAAAAGUUAUUUAAGCUAAAAAAGGGGGAAAAUAAAAUAAAUAAAUAAACAAGAGAGGGAAGGAAGGAGCGAGCGAGGUUUCGAAGAACGAAAAUGGCUUGAUUUAUAUUUUGCAAGCCAAAAAAGCCGGAGACUUAUAUUUAUCCAAGGGAGAAACAAGGGACAGAGAAAAGCCGUUUUGUUUGGAUAAAAAAAAAAAGAAAAUAAGCUUUUUUUGUCUUUCUUUCUUUGUUCUGUAGAUAACAGAGAAAGAGCCACAGCCAUGGCUGACUCAAACGAUUCCAUUCCUCUUCAUACUGAAAAGAUCUAUUUUGGUGGAAAGGAACAUCAUGUACGAACGCGCUGUGGUUCUGUGUCUGUUAUAGUUUAUGGGGACCAACACAAGCCAGCAUUAAUUACAUAUCCUGAUCUGGCUUUGAAUCAUGUAUCUUGUUUCCAAGGAUUGUUCUUUUGUCCCGAAGCGGCCUCCUUGCUGCUCCACAAUUUCUGCAUUUACCAUAUUAGUCCUCCUGGACACGAGUUGGGAGCUGCUCCAAUUUGUCCAAGUGCUUCUGCACGUUGUGUUGACGACUUAGCUGAUCAGAUCCUUGAGGUUCUCAACUUUUUUGGGCUUGGUGCAGUGAUGUGCAUGGGAGUGACAGCGGGUGCUUACAUUCUUACUCUAUUUGCUAUGAAAUACAAAAAACGUGUUAUUGGAUUGAUACUUAUAUCCCCUCUUUUCAGAGCACCCUCUUGGACUGAAUGGUUUUAUAACAAGGUGAUGUCAAAUUUGUUAUAUUUUUAUGGAAUGUGUGGACUUCUUAAAGAGCUUUUGCUUCAACGUUACUUUAGCAAGCAGGAAGCUUGCGGUAAUACAGAAGUUCCUGAGUCGGACAUAGUUCAAGCAUGCAGAAGAUUGCUAGAUGAGAGGCAUGGAUCAAAUGUGAUGCAAUUUCUUCAAGCAAUUAAUGGGAGACCUGACCUUACCAGUGGGCUAAAGAGGCUCAGAUGUCGAACCUUAAUAUUUGUUGGCAACAGCUCACCGUUUCAUUCUGAGGCCCUACAUAUGACAUCCAAGUUGGAUAGAAGAUUUAGUGCCUUAGUUGAGGUUCAGGCUUGUGGAUCCAUGGUGACCGAAGAACAACCACAUGCAAUGUUGAUACCUAUGGAGUACUUCUUCAUGGGAUAUGGAUUGUAUAGACUUUGCCAUUUGAGUGACAGCCCAAGGAGCCCCUUAAGUCCAUCUUGCAUCUCACCCGAGCUUCUCUCUCCUGAAAGCUCGGGUUUGAAUUUAAAACCUAUAAAAACCCGUGUUUCACAUUAUACUUGAUAAAGUUGGGGGGCUGAGAAAGAUGGACUUAUUUAGUUAAUUUUUUUAGACUUUUUGGUUCUAUUUUUUGUCUUUGGAAAAAAGAAAAUGUACGAGGGUAGAAGCAGAUGCGGAGGUGGGGGUUGUAGAUAUAAGGGAAGAAAAUGAAGGAAUGUAGGGAAGGGUAACAUACAUGAUGCCCUCAAAGCUUGUAGUUUUAAGGGUGCACAGGUUUGGAAUUCCUAUACAAACAAGAGGCUAGUGCGCAAUGGUUUUCUCAUAAUCUAUUCUUUUGUACUCAGUAACUAAGGAGUCCAAUUCUGUAUGUAAUAUAAAGAGGAUUUGUAUUUAUUUAUGAUGAUGAGGACGAGCAAUCAAUAAUGGAGAAAAACUCCGCUGAAUAUUGUAAUACCACAUUUCAGGAUCUGAUACACUUCCAUUUAGUGGGGGGAAGGGUGUUUGUUCCACAUGGGAUGGGAUGAACCAAUUCAAUCCUUGUUAUGAGAUGUUUAGUCAGAAUUCACAUGUGUAUGAAUGCGUACAUUUACUUUUGGUUCAA